CCCGCCCUCACCCCCGUGCCGAGAACACGCCCCUCUGUCCUGUGCGUAUCCAGCGGGUGCCCGGCCCUCACUUCGGGGCUCACGUCUGAUGGAGGUUUAACCUUGUGCAAAUAUGCGCAUGCUGACUGGAAUGCGACCAGGGAAUCAGAAACUGGCACUGUGGUCUGCAAAAACCUGGGAGAUGACAACUGCACAGAAGUCAUUGAACAUGCAAAAAGAAGAGGGCACUUCUCCAAGUGUCCUAAAGAGUACCAACAUUACUGCAUCAAAGGGAAGUGCCGGUAUGUUGUGGAUGAGCAACAGCCAGCAUGCGUAUGUGAAAAAGGUUAUAUUGGAUCCAGAUGUGAAUUACUGGAUUAUUUCUACCAACGGGGAGAACAAAAGCAGAUUAUUAUUGCCAGCCUGAUUGCAGCAAUGGUGCUCUUGAUAAUUCUAAUAAUAUUCAUUUGCAUUUGUGCACAAGUCCAGGUCAAAAUAAAAUGUAACUGCAUGAGAUGGAGAGGUUACAUAAGUGACAUAAGUCGGCAUAAGAUGUGCCAUAAGCCAGGGAAAAAAGAAGAAAGUGAAGAAAUCGAAAAACUGAACACAUUUCCCAGCGAUAACAAAGAGAGUAUUGCUGUCAAUUUGGAAACUUCAGAGAUGAACACCGUAUAAUAUGGACAAUCUGAAGACACCUGCUGGCAGGGUCCUUAUUGCAGAAUGUAACAACACAGGACAAUGCAGCUAGCUGUGCUAUUACUUCACCCUCCUG